AUGGAUCUGGAAGCUGCCCAAAGGGCCCAGGAAUCUGUUGACCUGGCUUUUCACAUGUCAAAUAUUCUCGAUACAGGGUUUGACCGUUACACCCUAUCCAUCCUCAUAAACCUUUGUGACUUGGGUCUGAACCCUGAAGCUCUUGCCGCUGUUGUCAAGGAUCUCCAGAGAGAACUCUCUUCUUCCUCCACAGGCCUUGUACCCAUCAAAGGGGUUAUCCCUGCCAUGGAGAAUUGGAGAUUUCAUACAAGGAUGAAGUAUGCUUAA